AUUGUGCUACUGUGCAAGCAGGGCAUCAACGAAGCAAUGGUCGUCCGCUGGAAAGGUUUCGAUCGUUACCUGCCCUGUCGAUCUGGCCGAGCAAAACUACAGCAGAGCUUUGCUUUAUCCCCGCCCGAUCCCGCCUGCGUGCCAGAUCAUCGUGACGUUCGAACUUUUGUCGCCUUCGUCUGCGUGGAUCGAGCAUUCAAGUGUCCUGUGCGACUUGAACUUCACUGCCCCUCGCCCUCACUCACUGAAUGUCCUCUGCCGGACGCCCAUUGUUGGCUCCGACCGGGUCAACGGGCGAGCAGUCCAGAGAUAGGGCAAGCGAUAGCCCUUCAGGACCUAGCCGACCGGCCGGACCAAGUCGUGCCAGACGGACGUUGAUAGAGAGCGCAUGCCAGGCAUGCCGGCGACGUAAAUCCAAGUGCAACGGAAAAAGGCCAAUUUGCACAAAGUGCGAGUCGCUGGGAAGUGAAUGUGUCUAUGAAGCAGAAGAGGGAGAGAGCCGCUGGGCGGCACUCAGGCGUCGAAGUCAGCAGCUUGAAGAAGAGCGCGAUCGUAUCGGCGAAUCAAUGGAGUGGAUGCGCGACUGUCCCGAACCAGAAGCUUUGAUCGUCCUUGACCGAAUCAGAGCAACGCGAUUCGACAGGAGCACGGCGCCGGACACCUUUAUCAACAUCGUGCAGACGUUCCGUAACGAGCGCCACGCUACGUCGACACAUAUGCAGCAGGCCCCUUAUGCUCAGAACGAUCAGAGACUACCACCCAUCACUGCUCUCCUGGGAGGCAGCAUCCGAGGAGAGGGGCCGAGGAUGGUGGUAACACAGCGGGUCUCGAAUGAUUCAGACGACACAGGGAUAUCCAUGGCGGAUGCGCCAGGGCCGUCGACAGACCGUAACCGGAUACGACUCGGCACGCUAGAGCCAAGCUUACGGCAGGCAUCGUAUGCAACACCCACGAUGCCACACUUGAGCUCCGAGGAGAGUAGCACAGGUUCAAGCCUUGGGACAUUGGGAAGCGCCGUGGUGAAGCAUGAAUAUGGCAGUAGCGGCGCACUCAACCACUCAAUGAGUGGCAUCGGUGGACAGAUGAGUAUGCCUGCACAAUUUGACUCGGAGGAAAGCUUGCGCAGGAGGGGAUCAUAUCCUCCACCACGGCCGGGAGGAUACUGAGCAGCUGGAUGUUCUCCGAGUGAUUGGAGUGUCUCUCGUCACAGAGGAUGACCACAUGGAUAUGGAUAGGAGCUCUCUGUAGCUGGACUUUCAGGUGGAUGAACGCGUGGCCUCCUGGUCGACUUGAUCGCAGUGCGUUCCAGGGAGCAGUCGCCUC